AUGUGGCAGUUUCAAGUUCUCCUCUGGGCGGUAUUCCCGUUGUGGGCGGUAGCGAUUAACCCCUUCAAGUCUCCGUUUCAAAAGUAUAUUUCUCUUCCAGACAACUCACCUAUCUCACGUUCCUCAGAAGGAUCUGGCUCUUCUGUAAAAGUUUCUCAGACCGCUAAGCCAGUUGGAAAUUUCAACUUCAAGGAACUCCUGGUUUCAAAAGCUCAAAAGCCCGAAUUCUACGCCAAAGCAAUGCUUGAAUUGAAACGACUGGAAGAUGAGCCGCUAUGUCACCGGUUGGCAGCCCAAUUGCUUAUGAACACUUGCCGCAACCUGCAAGAUAUCACUGAGCAGACAUUAGAAUUCACCACGGCACGCCUACAGAGAAACCACGUCGAGAGCUUCGCGGCUGCCCUAACCCUUUGUGAUAUGGAAGAUGUUGGCUGGGAAGUCCCAGAGCAGUGCUAUGCACUCUCUAGCACGGCAAUGCAACAAGUCGUUGAGAAUAACGAGGAUACACUGCUUGUACCACCAAACCAAGUACAGGUCUGCCUUACGACACUCUCCCAAGAUCAUACACAUUGGAUGACAUGGCUCCAUCGACGUGACUCUGCUUUGCUCUUUUGUCGGGCUGCAAGCAUUGACAUGGAUAAAGAUCAGUUAUUCGAGUCACAGAAAAAGCUCGUUCAAAUUAUGGCCGAAUUUGCAAAUAACCUAGGCGACGAAUUAGAACAUCUGAAGAUGAGCAUGAAAGCCCACACUCACGAAGCCGAUGAAUAUUUCGAAGGCUUCAUGAAGCAUGCUCACCGCUUGAAAUCUAAAUUCCAGGACACUAUGGAAACAGCUUCACGCGAAGCCGAUGGCAUUGUCACAUCAAUUGCGUUUAUUCGACAAAGCGGCAUAGAUAUCGAACGCGCUCUACACUCUCUCUUCCAAACCACAGUUGAAGUGAAUGCUGAGAUGGCGGCAAACCAAGAGCAGUCUUUGGCAGUGACUACAACCAAGUUGGAGAACCAGUUGGAGACGAUAAAUAAAAUGGCAGUUGUGGCGAAGGCAUAUACAGACCUGGUAGAAGCCGCUAUGCAAAACCUUUCUUCUCGAGCGGAGACCUUGGCUAGACAACAGGAAGCUAUGGGAGAGCGGUCCCAGUCCCUGGCCAUGGCCCUUGGAAACGCAACCGAUUUGUUCGAAAUUCAUGCCAACCAGCUUGAGCAAGCAAGUCUGACAGUAUCCAAAAUACAUUCCAGUCUGGGGAAUAUUGUUUCUAUCACAGAUUUCGUGUCCAAAUUUUCCAAAGGUCUCAACUUCGGAGGUUCCUUCGGCGACUGGGCCAUUCGUGUCAUCGUCCCUCCAAGCAGUAUCUUGUUCGGUAGUUAUGGAUUGCCUCCGAGUUUGACCCGGAACGCUUUGCUCUUCCUUGGUGGGGAGGGUGUUAGCGAAAUCAUAAUUUACCUACGACACUACGGAUCAUGGGACUGGGCUCCGGAAUCCUUUAUCCCAUCUGCUUUUACACACUUGGCACGAAAACAUCCCACACCCACACCCACACCAUCCGAGAACCCAGUCGAAGACCAACCAAACUCAAUGGCAGGUUCAACAACAGAAAAUGACAUCGCAUAA